AUGCAGAAAAAUAAAGGUUUAUUCGCGGUCCUUGCUUUCCUAUGGGAAGCCUCGUACAUGACCUGCGGAGCUGGUCGUGUCACGGCAGGGACGCAACGAAUCUCGGAAGCCAUCAGAGAACAUUCCUUCGUUCAACCGGAGGUCAAAUGUUUCCACCCUCUGAAUGAGAGAUCAAUCGCGCGCACAUACGCGACUCACACAGGUGUUAAGGAUGCAGCUGCCUGCCAGGAGUUGUGCGCGAAGGAAAGCCAGUGCACUCAUUUUAAUUACAAUACGGAAUCUCGGAGCUGUGAACUAAAAAUCAAGAACGGGUCGGACGUUGUGGCAGCACCGAACGUGAUCACAGGGCCGAAAACCUGCAACACAAGCUGUUUCACAUUUGGGGUGGGCCACACAGCGAGCGAGAUGGCCAGAGCCGAGAAGAAGUACAGCCCGUUUGACUGCCAGAGUUGGUGCCGAGACACAAUAGGUUGUGAGUACUUUACGUACAACCUGAAUUCAAGCACUUGCUUUCUGAAGGGCGCGAAUGCUGUCGGGACAGAGCGGCAGUAUCCCGGCGACAUGGUGGGGCCUAAAGAGUUCUGCAGCGGAGGCGUUGAGGAGGAAACUGGGGAAGAGGCCCCCCAGGAGAAAGAUGCGGCAGAUGGAGAAACUCAGGUAUCGCCUGCGCCACGGCCUGAGGAACAGCCAGGUGUAGAGGCGGGACCAAGCGAACAGCCAUCUGUCCCGGGUCUCUCGCCUCCCGAUGCCGAUCACGAAAAGGAAGAAUUGCCGCCGCCCGUCCACAGACCAGGAGAAGGCGCUGAGGAUCAGGAGAACCGGCUGCCAGGGCAGGGGGCCCACCCGGCUGCCAUCCCGGACACGGGGCUGUCAUCAGGAUUGCUUUGUAUCCACCCCCAUAACAAAACAUCAAAUGCGCCGAUCCACAAAACAAUUCCAGAUACUCGCACACCAGAAGAUUGCCAUCUUUUGUGCUGGCACGAUGAUCAGUGCACGCACUUUACCUACGACUUCAAAUCCAGCAGGUGCGACGUGAGGUCGGGAGAUAGUUCUAACGUCAGUGACGCAGCGCACCACGUGACUGGACCGAAGACUUGCAACGCCAGCUGCUUCACCAUUGGACAGGGGCACACUGCACCCGAGAUUGUCGCUGCACAAAACAGGUACAGCGCGUUCGACUGUCAGAACUGGUGCAGAAACACCAAGGGAUGCAUGUACUUCACCUACAACACAAAGGGGAAAAAAUGCUUCCUCAAGGGUGCCAACGCUCACAAUACGCUGCGUGCCUACCCUGACGACUUGGCUGGACCCCGGGAUUACUGCCCUUCUUAA